AUGGCACUGAUACGCAAGCUGUCCUUGAUUUUUCUUCUCCCUUUCAUUUGCACUGGAGUAGAGUGGGAUCCUACUGAGAAUUUUAUUUUUAUUGCUGGCCCUCUUACUAAUGCGUUAGUAAGUAAUUUAAACACCCAAAGGGGAAAUGUAAGAGACAGCAGUCUUAAUUCUGUGAUGGCCCAGUUGGAUUAUUUUUGCCAUCAGCCUUCCCUCCCUUCCUUGCUGCCAUACUUUGCUGAACUUCGUGGAAAUGAUGUGACUCACUUUAAGGUGUUCUUGCCUUGGACUCAAAUCUUCCCAGAGAUGAAUGCCCAAAGUGCCAAUGAGACUAACAUUGUAUGCUACAGACGGCUUCUUGGAAUGCUCCAAGCUGCAGAUCUCAAACCGGUUUUAAUACUACAUCAAAAGCACUUGCCAAACUCUUUAAGUGCUCAGCUUUCUUUGAGACAGCCUGCAACUUUCGUUGACCUUUUUGCUGAAUAUGCCGAGUUUGCCUUUGGAUUGUUUGGUGAUCUUGUUGACACUUGGCUUACUUUCAGCAACUUGCCUGAGGCUGCAGAGUCUCUGACUCAAGGAGAUCCACAUGCUUCUCUCCAGGUGUUAGCUUCAGCCCAUGAAAAGGUUUAUACAAUUUACCAUGAAAAAUAUGCUUCAGAAGAUGGAAAAAUGUCUAUUUCAUUAGAUGUUCAUGAUGAUGCUGUGCUGGUGCCAUCUGGACCUUUCUUGGCUUCAAUUCUGGACUCUCUAGAUUUUCUCUCUCUCAACCUACACUACAACUGUAAAAAGGAAGCCAGUUUUGAACAGAUGCUGAAUGAUCUACAGCCUGUCACAAAUGGUUUGGACAUUUUGUUGUUUUGUCUAAAUUUCCAUGAAUGUUCUUCCACACAAGAAAAUCUACUUACAAAUGUGGCUUCCAUUUUUGGAGCCAUAUAUGAAGGCCAAGCACAGGCAAUAGGAUAUGAUGUAAAUUUCGUCUUGGAUAGCUCACCCAUUGGCUCCUACACAGAAAAUCUAGCCAUUCAUCCCAUGCCAGAUGUGGUAAUGACAUCAGCUAUCAGCCCAUUUUCAUCCUAUCAAACAACCUGGGAAGCAUUUGCUAAUCAGUCUGAAUCAGAGAGAGAUGCUUUUUUGUUGGGUGUUUUCCCUAGUGGUUUUCUCUGGGGUACCUCAACAGGAUCUUUCCGUACUGAAGGUGCAUGGGCAGAGGAUGGAAAAGGAGAGAGCAUUUGGGACCGAUACGGACAUCAAGGCCAUGUCUACAGGAAACAAACAGCUGAUGUGGCAUGUGACAGCUACCACAAGAUAGAGUAUGAUGUCUACUUACUCAGAGGCCUUAGGCCAAAGAUUUAUAAAUUUUCUAUAUCAUGGCCUAGGAUUUUUGCUGAUGGGACUAAGAACAGCUUGAAUCCUCAAGGAGUUAGUUACUACAACAAACUCAUAGACAGCUUGCUGGAGUCUAAUGUUGAACCCAUGGUGACCUUGUUUCAUUGGGACCUGCCACAAACUCUGCAGGAUCUUGGUGGUUGGCAAAAUGAGAGUAUUAUAAGUGCCUUUGUAGACUAUGCAUCUUUCUGCUUUGGAACUUUUGGCGAUCGGGUUAAAUUCUGGAUUACCUUCCAUGAACCUUGGGUCAUUAGCUAUGCUGGCUAUGGCACUGGACAGCAUCCACCAGGAAUUGUUGAUCCAGGGAUGGCAUCCUAUCAGGUAGCUCAUGUUAUUCUCAAGGCUCAUGCCCAAGCUUGGCACAUUUAUGACAUUCAAUACCGUCCCACGCAGCAUGGAAAGGUGGGAAUACUCUUGAAUUCUGAUUGGGCUGAACCAAAGACUGCAGGAAAUGUUGAGGAUAUGAAAGCAGCAGAGCGCUACUUGCAUUUCAUGUUGGGCUGGUUUGCUCACCCCAUCUUUGUUAAUGGCGAUUACCCAGAUAUCCUGAAAUCCCAGAUUGAGCACAUGAACCAGCAGUGUUCUCCUCAAAUUGCCAAACUGCCCGUGUUCACUGAAGAAGAAAAGAAGUGGGUGAAUGGGACAGCUGAUUUCUUUGGCCUUUCGCAUUACACUUCCAGGCUCAUCACUGCUUCAGCUAAUCACACCUGUAUUCCAAGCUAUGAGAAUAUUGGAGGCUUUUCCCCACAGGUAGAUCCUACUUGGCCACAGACAGCUGCAUCUUGGAUCUACGUGGUGCCCUGGGGACUGAGGAGACUGCUCCUAUUCGUGUCCAAAGAAUAUACAGGAGCAAGGAUCCCAAUCUAUAUAGCAGAGAACGGUGCACCAGUGGAUGAUGGAAGUGAUUUUAUCAAUGAUACAAUGAGAAUAAAUUACUACCGCCUCUACAUCAACGAAGCUUUAAAAGCUGUGAAGUUGGAUGCUGUUGAUGUUCAGUCAUAUAUUGCCCGCUCUUUGAUUGAUGGCUUUGAAGGUGCAGCAGGAUACAGUCAAAGGUUUGGCCUUCACUAUGUGAAUUUUGAAGAUGCAAACAGACAGCGGAGCCCAAAGGAAUCUGCAUAUUUCUUCUCCACUGUUAUUGAAAAUAAUGGCUUUCCUGCUAUGGUCACAAAUAAAAAUCUUCAGCCUCUCAAAGAAGAUGUUUCUAUGCCCGCAAGGUUGCCUAGUUUAUCAGCCUCUGAAGUUCCCUCAAAGGCAAAAGUGGUUUGGGAAAAAUUUUCAAAACAGUCUGAUCUGGAAAGAGAUAUGUACUUCUACGGUACUUUCCCAGAAGAUUUUCUAUGGGGUGUCUCCACUUCUGCCUACCAGAUUGAAGGAGGCUGGAAUGCAGAUGGGAAGGGGCCUAGCAUAUGGGAUACUUUUACUCACGUUCCUGGGAAUAUUAAAAAUAAUGAUACAGGAGACAUAGCUUGUGAUAGCUACAAUAAAGCUGAUGAAGAUCUUUAUUUACUGAGAGCUUUAAGGGUGAACAGCUAUCGCUUCUCCCUUUCAUGGCCUCGAAUUUUUCCAGAUGGAAGAAACCAUUCCAUAAAUACUCAUGGUGUUGACUAUUAUAACCAGUUGAUUGAUGGCUUACUGGCCCAGAAUAUUACUCCAAUGGUCACUCUCUAUCACUGGGAUCUGCCCCAAGCUCUGCAAGAUAUUGGUGGCUGGCUGAACCCUGAGCUGGUUGAAUUAUUUGAUAGUUAUGCAGACUUUUGCUUUCAGACCUUUGGAGACAGGGUCAAGUUCUGGGUUACUUUCAAUGAGCCUAUCGCAAUUUCUUCCUUAAGUUAUGAUUUGGCACUGUUCCCACCAAAUUUCAAAGAUGAUCCAGGCUACGCACCCUAUAAGGUUACCCACAUAAUACUGAAGGCUCAUGCUAGAGCUUACCACACAUAUGACCAGAAAUAUAGAGCAAAGCAGAAAGGUGUUGUUUCUUUGAGUCUCAACGUGGAUUGGGUUGAGCCAAAGACGUUGACUGACCCCCGGAAUGUAGAAGCAGCCGAUCGUUACCUGCAGUUUAUGGGAGGGUGGUUUGCGCACCCUGUUUUUAAAAAUGGGGAUUACCCGGAUGCCAUGAAAUGGAAAGUUGGGAACCGAAGUGAACUACAGAAAUUACCAUCUUCCCGGCUUCCAGUAUUCACAGAAGAAGAAAGAGAAUAUAUCAGGGGCACAGCUGAUGUCUUUUGCCUAAACUAUUACACUACCAAAAUCAUAAAACACAGGACCACCAAGCUGAGACCAUACUCCUAUGAGGAUGACCAAGAACGGCUGUUGGAGACUGACCCUUCCUGGCCUAUCUCAGCAAUAGACAAUAUGCGAGCAGUGCCCUGGGGGCUGCGGAGGUUGCUAAACUGGAUCAAAGAGGAAUAUGGCAACCCUCCCAUUUAUAUUACUGAGAAUGGGGUUGGGUUAAAAACCAAAUCUGAAGUUGAUGAUACCAGCAAGAUCUUUUUCUAUAAAACCCACAUUGAUGAAAUUUUGAAAGCUUACAAACUGGAUGAAGUGAAUCUUAAAGGCUAUUUUGCUUGGUCUUUCUUGGAUACUUUUGAAUGGUUAAAUGGUUAUGAGCCAAGAUUUGGCCUACAUCAAGUUGAUUUUGAAAAUCCGAGCAGACCACGAACUCCCAGAAGUUCUGCUAUAUAUUACACUGAAGUCAUACGUCAAAAUGGAAUCCCACUGCCAAAAGAUGAUGAGUUUAUUUAUGGAGAGUUCCCAAAUAACUUUUAUUGGAGCGUGGCGACAGCAUCUUAUCAGACUGAAGGAGCCUGGAGGGAAGAUGGGAAAGGCCUCAGCAUUUGGGACCAGUUUGCUCAUACUCCUUUGAGAAUCAAUAAUGAUGAAAAUGGAGAUAUAGCUUGUGACAGCUACCACAAGAUGGAGGCGGACUUGGCUAUUCUGAAAGACAGCAAGGUGACUCAUUAUCGCUUUUCCAUCUCCUGGCCUCGCAUUCUUCCCGACGGGACCAUCAACCAUAUAAAUGAAGCUGGCCUGAACCAUUAUGAGAAGUUUGUGGAUAGUCUUCUAGCAGCCAAUAUCCAACCUCAGGUCACUAUUUACCACUGGGACCUCCCCCAGGCCCUUCAGGAUGUUGGCGGAUGGGAAAACGAGACCAUAGUCCAAAGGUUUAAAGAUUAUGCAGAGCUCCUAUUCCAAAGGCUUGGUGAGAAGGUGAAAUUUUGGAUUACCGUGAAUGAGCCCUAUGCUAUUGCUAAUGUUGGUUAUGGUUAUGGAGUAUCUGCACCAGGCAUCUCUGCCAGACCAGGCCGAGCUCCAUAUAUCGUGGGGCACAACUUGAUCAAGGCCCAUGCAGAGGUUUGGCAUCUCUACAAUGAAACAUAUCGUCCAAAGCAAAGAGGUUUGAUUUCUCUUUCCAUCAGUUCUGAUUGGGCAGAACCAAAGAACCCUUACAAGCAGGAGGACAUUGAUGCUGCUAGGAGAUAUGUCCAGUUCUAUAUUGGUUGGUUUGCUCAUCCAAUCUUCAAAAAUGGAGACUAUAAUGAGGUGAUGAAACGAAGGAUACAGGAGAGAAGCCAGGGCCAGUCACGCCUCCCUGAAUUUACUGAAAGUGAAAAGCAGAGGAUUAAAGGUACCUAUGACUUUUUUGGACUGAAUCAUUACACCACCAUACUGGCAUACAACCUCAACUAUCCUGCUUUUAUUGCUUCCUAUGAUGCUGAUAGAGGUGUUGCCUCCAUAACAGACCACAGCUGGCUGGGUUCUGGCUCUUUUUGGUUGAAAGUGACCCCAUUCGGCUUUAGAAAGCUCUUGAAAUGGAUCAAGGAAGAAUACAAUAAUCCAGCUAUUUAUGUGACUGAAAAUGGAAUUUCAGAACGUGUAGAUGAGGGCUUCAAUGAUACCUGGAGAAUACAUUACUUAAAAAGUUACAUCAAUGAAGCUUUGAAAGCAAUUGUACAUGAUGGUGUUGAUCUGCGAGGUUACACUGUAUGGAGCUUGAUGGACAAUUUUGAGUGGGCAGUGGGCUUCGCUGAGAGAUUUGGGUUGUAUUAUACUAAUUAUACAGACCCAAAUCUAUCCAGAAUUCCAAAGGAGUCUUCAAAAUAUUAUUCCUCUAUCAUUCGGUGUAAUGGCUUUCCAGAUCCAGCCACUGGGCCCCAUUUGUGUCUAGAACCACAACUUGAGGGUACAAGUCUGCCACCUAGCAUCACAACCCAGCCUACGGAUAAUUCAACCAUUGAGAAGGUACAGUUUUUGGGACUGGACUUGACUUCAUCUCGUGCAGAAGCAGCCCUUUAUGCACUGUUUGCUCUACUCCUGGUGGCUCUACUAGGUCUUGCAAUUUUUUCAUAUGUAUACAGGAAGAGUACCAAAAAAAUCCACAGAAAAAGUAAAAUGUAAACCACAAUACAGAUUUUGUCUUACUAUCUUGAACAAACUUUGGCAGAAAUUUUGCUAAGGUUCAUUAAGUACUAUUAAGAAUAAAUGGUCAAAAAUAUAUGGGAUAU